ACAACCGCCAAGAUGGCGGCUGUGACAGCUGGCCGUCCGAACAGAAGAAGGUCCAAGCGAGUAGCUUCUGCUUGUGCUUUCCUUUCCAGCAUAUCACUCGAUGGAAAUGUUGCAAGAGGUCCGGCUACUGAGGUGAAUGCAAAGAAGAAUGCUUCGAACAGAAGCCGUGGAAAUGAAGAACGAAACCCCGAUUUGUUAUCGUCAAGAAGGCCAUUGCUGCAUUCAAUAUCUGAACCUAGUGCUCUUGAAGAUCACGGAACCAACAACGGAGCAAAAAACUCAAACGUUAAGGCCUACCACAGACAACGUAGUGUCACAGAGGCUGUUUUUGAAGGGAGGCUACAAGAACGAAAUGUCGUUAUUCGAAGAAGUGUUUCUGUGUCCGACUCAACUGAUUCGGCCUCUACUAACAGUGGAGGUAUUCAGCGGAGUUACAAACAUAGGAUUUCGUGUUUGACUGGUUCUUCUUUUCACCAUAAGAGACGGGCCACUGACAAGAGGUAAUUUAACCUAGGGGAAGUUAAUAUAUAUCUUGAAAACUUUGAAUAGGAGAGCGACUAGGAGAGCUAGAUUACAGUAUGGUUUCAUUAAGAUCUUGCGGUGUCACAAAAAUUAAAAGUUAAUUAGGAAAUACCUCUUGUUAUUAAAUUAUUUAUUUUAUGUUUUUAAGGAAAUUAGUUCCAUGUACACCAGACAAUUACAAUAAUGCAAGGAAGUUAAUACAUAAUAUCUGGAGAAGCGAGACAAUAUAAUGGUCUCAUUAACCCUUUAAGCCCCAAUAUCCACAUGCAAAUUCUCCAAACUGAUCACUAUACAGAAAAUUUGAUAAAAGAUCAUAGCAUUUUGUCUUUGGUGAUCAUUUUAUUAAUUCUCAUAACUUUAUCUCUUGACAAUGUUUGGAUAUUGUUAGGAGAAAGUUGAUGUUGGUCACUCUUGGCACUUAAUGGGUUAAAUAUUGUGGUGUUACACAAAUUAAAAGAAGUGAAGUAAAUUAUGAAGAAGUACCUCUUUUUAUUAAAUUGUUAAUUUUAUUUUUUUAAAAGGGAAUUUGUUAUUUUACAAGGUAAAAUCUGUUCUCAGGUUAAACCAGUAUUUUAGCUUUUUACUGGGUUUCUUUACCUGGUAACCAAGGUUGAAUACUAAUGUAACCUUAGAACAGAUUUAACCGACAAUUGGUAUAAUUGAUUAGAAAAAUCCUUGAGAGUGAAGAUGGAAGGCAUAAAACAUGUUACCUCUUUCCAUUUACCUGGCUUCCUUAACAGCAAGUGACGCAACAUUAGUAGCACUCUGCCAGUAGAGCCUUUCUUUUGUGUGCUCGGUUUGGACAUACAGUAAAACCCCCACGCAUAAGAACCUGGGUUUUAAGAACCUGUUAGGCUAAAAUUUUCAUUUUAAGCACCCUCCACAUAAGAACCUAUUAAGGCUAAAAUUUUAAGUUAGGUUCUUAUCAGUAGAGUUGCUGUAAAAGUGUAUCAACUUUGAAAUGGCAUUUCAGAGAACUGACCAUGAGUUUGUUUGUUAUGUUUUGUUAAGGACAUACCUGCACUGUACUGCCUUUAGGCAUUAUGGGAUUAAUUAUUUAUAUCGUACUAUGAGAUGAUAUUUAUAAUAUACUUAAAUGAAAUUCAUAUGAAAAUAUAAGAACCUAUCUUAAGAACGUUGGUAGUUUAAAUUUGCUUUAAGUACCAUUUAUACAAGAACCUGUCAAGGCUAAAUUUAAAAAUCCAGGUUCUUGUAUGUGGGGUUUUACUGUACUCAAGAGAGACUCUGCAUGAAUUGAGUUAAGAUCUUUGUUGAGCAUACGUGGCAUGUUGAGCAAGGAUACAGUUUCAAACCCAGACCUAAUAGCCAUGCGCUUGCUACAGUGGGCUCGUUAUGACCAUUGGUUUAUCAAUAAAUGGAUGUUUGCACUCAAAAAUACCAGUUUGACGAGAGAGAAGUAGAUUGACCAGUUCAGAAGUUUGGGCUGCGGCAACCUCAAAGGUUUGACGUGAUUCAAGAAGACAAGAGGAGGCUCUACCAGGGUACAUUGGCAGAUGAAUUAUCUACAAGGCUAUCACAAGAUUUCAAGUUGCUGGGUAUAAUUUUAUGCAAUUAGCAGGUUGAAAACUGAAGAGCUAGGAAGUUUUUUUAUGUUCUUUUUUUUUUUUGGUUCCGAUCAAAGUUACGAAGAGUCAUGCUCAUAGUGGCCUGGUGAAAACCUGGCCCGGCCCUGAUGGCCCUGAUGUGCCUUUCAUUAAAUGAAUCUAAUUAUUGGAAUUCUGUGUAAUUAUCCUUUUUAGAAUAGUGUUGUGUUCAAGUCAUAAGGCCCCAUUGGUUACAUACUCAGUUCUAAAGUACCACAAAGAAAACCAAGAAGCUGGUCAGGAAGGAAUGAGGUAAUUUCAUCUUCAUCAAUCAUGGAUUUCUAGUUGUUGCUUUAACUAUAAUACGAGCAUAUACUUUUUCCUCGCUAUUUUCUAUUCUCCACUAUCACAUUGCCCAUAAUACACCCGUCUCCCCAAAAUUUUGCAUAAGCAUUAUUUGUCCUGUGUAUUACAGUCAUCCCAAGAGAAAGUCGGGGAUAAACAAAUUGUAUUUAUUUAUAGGAAAUGUAUAAGUAGUGAUAUGUGCAUUUCUUGUGGAAGUGAGGAGGAGACCUUGACCUUUAUCCUUGGAUCACUCCCCUUAGUCUGUAAGCUUGUAAACGCUGUGGUUCAAUUUUAUCUUUUGUGUAAAGUUAUUUAUCUCACAUCAUUUAUUUAAUAAAAAACAAAAAAAAAUUAUUCGUGCCAAGAUCAAAAUUUAGCCAACUUAAUUGAAAGCACAUACUGCCUUAGCCUCCACACUCAUCUUAUAGUGUCUCAACUGUGAUUUAUUUACAGUAGAACCACGGUAAUUCAAAAAGAAAAACAGUUCGACUCAGCGAGGGUUCGAGUUAUCAGGGUCGAUUGCAAUAUUCAAUUUUCAUUGUUAAAAACUGAUAGUUACUGAUUUUUCAGUACUUCCAGCAGUGUAUAGUGCUACUGCAGUGCAAGUUUAACUUCAGAAAUGGUAACAUGAUUAGGCGUUUUUUAUGAUAUAUCUUCUAGCUUUGACUGCUGAAGGAACAAAAAUUACAACAUAAUUUCUAGAAAAGUCAUCUUGCAAAACUCGCAAGCUCUUUACAAGUCGCAACGUGCAGAGCUGACAUGUCUUAAAUAUUUUUACCAUUUUAUUAAACUAAUAUUAAAUUUUGAUGUGUAUGACAAUAAUUAUUUUAUGUUAGAAUUAUUGUUGCUUUUUGCAGUGUUAAAAAAACAUCUGUAGCUACACCUAACCAGGUUGUUGGCAUAGAAGGGGUGGAACUUGGAUCGGCUGAGAAGGUGUUGUUGAAUUAUUUCAUAACUAUAGCUUUUACAUGCUAGUAAUAAUUUCAGUAUUCUUUGCAAGCAACGUUUAUGCUUAUCAGAUAUAUUUUGAUUCCUCAUAGACAGUGUCAUACAGAUCAUUGCUCAUUUCAACAUACCCUUUUGGAUGGAAUGAAGGUCAAGGGACAGUUACACCUCUCUCCAUACAGGUGGAUCCAGGAGGGAUUUCUCUAGGUAGAACUUAUGUAUUGUUUAAUUUCCUGGGUACAUUGUGCCGUUAAUAAACAAAGUUUUGAACCACCAGAAACGAUGGUUUCCUGUGUAAGUUUACACGCAGAGAUUACUGUUAUAACAUCAUCAUUUAUAUCAUUGUCAUUUUUAUUUUUGUUAUGAUCAUAACAUUAGGGGUGGCGAAUGGUACCUCGAAAAACGUGGGUCUCGGAAAAUUUUGGCAGGAUCUUGCAUGGUUUGUUUUUACUUUUUUUGAGUCUCGAAACUCUUUACCAAAGAGUCCCGGGCUCGAAUUUCUAACUAGGAUCUCGGCGUCUUGGCUAGUCUCGGAUGUUACCAUUCGCCACCCCUAACAUUGCAGAAAAUUAUUAUUAAUGUUGUUCUGUUUUGUGAUAUAAAAGACAGUCCCGAUGCUGGGUUUUCCUCACCCAGUGGCUAUGAUCCUCAUCUACUGGAUGACCCUGAAUUAACAUCAGGCCGCCACCGGAAAGUUCUCAACCUUGCGUCCUACUUGGUAAGUACAUGUGAUACUCAGAGAAACUACCAAAGUUAAAAUAAUAAAUAGACCUUGUAAUUUUAAAUCAAAUUCAUGCAAUUCAAUUCUUUACACAUUGUUUGCCUUGAGCCGUGGUAUUGUACAUUUAUAAGCUUGCACCUCUCAUCAAAACUCAGAUCUCUUAAGCAUUAGUGAUUAAAUAGAUAUGGACAGGAGUGUUGUCUGUGUGAAAUAUUUUGGAUAAUGUUUGUAGGUGUAAUAAUUUUAAUGCAUUAUGGAUAUUUUUUAGGUAUCGGUGGUAGCCUAUGCAAGGCCCUCAGAGCUGAAAAAAGACUUGAAUGAACAAUUCAAAGAAAAGUUCCCAAACCUCAACAUCACUCUUACAAAACUAAGAAGGUAGAUUAACUUGUGUGUUGUAAGUUAUUAAUAAUUAACAAAUUCUUUAAUAUAAUUGUAAUAGAGUUCUCCUGCUUUUGACAUUUAAGGCAAGGACAAAUAAGGUAUUGAUCUUGUUUGUCUAGAAAAUGUGCAAGAAACUGUGAAUUCAUACAUCUGGCCUUCCAGAAAUAAGUGAGAGAUAAUACCCACUCAUCUAUUGGGGGUGGAGUGUAUUUACACUGUUAGCUAUGCUCAUUUUUUCUUCAUGCCCUCAAAAACCUGUUUAAGGAGGGAGUAGCUACUGAAGCUGGGAUGGGCUGCGACAGUGUGGGCCUGCAGACAGCACAUGUACCCUUUUUAACCUGAAAGUUAAAAUAAUGUGAUUGAGCUGAAAAUGUCUUUUGAAAGAAUAUUAAUCAUAAUAUUAAUAUUUCCAGUGAGAUACAUUGUUUUACAUAACAAUAGGGCGUUUUAUUUUUGACGUGCUUCUUUUCCUUUUUACUCUUGUUUUUAGCCUAAAGAAAGAUAUUUUGAAAAUAGCGAUGACGCAGGUUAGUCAAAAUUUACUUGCUACAUCAAUGUUUUCUUAUAAAAUACCUGUGAUUAGACAUUUAAAUGAAGUGCUACUCCUAAAUAGGCACCACCCUCAAAUAAGUGCAGUGGUGCUCUUCCAAGUUAAUUAGAUCCAUGUUCACACACAACACUGGUAGCAUUGUGCUUCAUUGAACAUCAUAAUUCCAACUUGGGAUGUGUAAUGGGAUGAAACAACUAUUAUUAUUAUUAUUGAUAGUAAUGGUGGACUUGCAAUAUUGUUCUUUGCAAAGUAAGAAAUAAUAUACAAUUUUUCUUCAGCUAGGCAGUGUCUUAUUGUUCUUUUUCAGGAAUGUCAACUGGAUUUGACAACUGUGGCUUAUGCAUAUGUCUAUUUUGAAAAACUAAUUCUUAAGGUAAAGUAAAGGAUCCUAGUAUUGUAGUAUGUUAUUCAUGUGAAUUUGAAUACUGUGCCAGAGGUAUUCUAUUUUCUUACCGUUAAUAAAGCAUAAAAUAAUCUCAUACCCAGAUCUUUUGUUGACAAAGUUUUGUCAACAAGAGAUCUGGGUACGAGAUUAAGCAUAAAGACUAGUGGGAUGAAGCAAUCUGAAAAAUGAUUUUCGGAAUUCCAUCUGGUAGGAGGUGAUACAGCUGGCUACUUACAAGCAUGGCUGAGAGAAUUUUAACUGGGAACAAUCUAGAAACAAUCCAGCCUGGUGGUCUGGUUGGAACUCUAAACGAGAACCUCUGGAUCGUGAGAUCAGUGCUUUGACCAAUCAGCUGUGCUUCCUUCCUUCCUCCUUCCUUCUCUCCAAGUUAUGUCCAGAAAUGCACAAUAUGAGACUCAUGCUGCUUAUGUAGACAUCACAUUUUGUGGCCCCUAGUUCUAAUCAUCACCUAAAUGAAAUUGAUGCAUGAAGUCUUAUUAAAAUUAGAAAUGUUUUAACAUUUCUAAUUUGUAAUAUGUAAGUACCUACCCAUGGUCCUGGCAAGUAAUGUGCAUUUCUGGGCAUAAUUUAGUGUUCCAUAUAUCCUUUGCAUGAUUUGCUUUAGCUUCUGAUAAUCCUUUUUUGUUGUUGUUGUUUAGGAAAAAAUUAGUAAAGCAAACAGAAAACUGCUGGCAGGUAGGAUUGUCAGAUUUUAUGCUGUGAACUCUCUGUGUCCUAAAUAAUUAUGCGCUCUAAACCAAAUUGUCCAAAGUUCAGUUGUUCUAACACUGGUUUAAUGUAAAAUCAGGUAUACAACUUGUUGUGGUAUCCUAGGGCGCUUUCCAUUUGUCAGAACUGACUGGCCAGCCCAUUCCCAUCAUAAUAGGAAUUCCUAAUUUUAAUCAAAACUACCCAUCCAGAUCAGUCAAAUGCUAAAUAAUUAUGUACAAAGGAGACGGGUUUUCAGUAAAACCUCUUGGAAAAAGCCCAUUUCAUUGCCAAAAUGUCUGGUCCGGCCGGCCAGUUCUGACUUUUGAAAAGAGCCCUUACAUGGAUUUGUCCUUGCUGCCCUUGGUCCAAUGCAGCCCUGAAGGGUAUUUUUUGUAUUUUACACAGGACUCAAAAUUGCGACUGAUAUGGUGGCCAAUGCGACUAACAUUUUCUCCUUAGCGACUAAAAAUUCUGGUUUAGUGGCCAAAGUGGUGACCAGAUUUCUGUAUGAUUUAGAUUUAAAUUAAAGGAGUAAAGUUAAAACAAACAUUUUAUCUUAUCUUGCUUUGCUUUUAUCAUAAAAAAAUGUGCCAAAUUGCGUAAACAAAGCCAGUUUACCUCCAAAUUUGUACUGACUUCUAUCCAUGACAUUUUCAAAUCUGAUGGAUUGAGCCAUACUAUCUAUAAGCUGCGUCAUUUACGUUAUACAAACUGGCAACUAAAAAUUUGCAUCUGGCAACUAUAUUUCUCCAGUUGGUAGCCAAAAGGCAACCUGAAGAUUUUUUUAUAUUCGAGCCCUGUUACACAGCAAAGAAAUAUGAAAAAGGUGCGGUUGUAAUUAUAACGAGAAAAAUCAAGUAUUAAAGAUUUAAAUAAUAAUAAAUAAAUAAGUAAGUAAAUAUUGAUAGAUAUUGAUUUAAGUGGCAUCCUUGUUAAGUUUUCAUGGUACUGAUUCUUGUGUUUUCAACAUUUUUCAGGGUCUUGUUUGUUAUUAGCGGCAAAAUUUAAUGAUGAUAUGAAACGUGAUAAAGUCAGGGAAGUUAUUGAGGUAAAUCCAAAUGACUCGUGGAUAUGCUGUGAUUAAUAUACAGUGUAUGUUGGGUUGUUUGGCCUGAAUUGUUUCAGGCUUUCUUCUUGCAACUGCAGAAGUUGCAUCUACAACUGUAAUGAUCUUGUGUAUAUUUAAUUCUUUAUUCUGCAAUUCUAUUUACAGUAGCCACCAAUGCUUACGUUUGUACAUUAGUAUGAUUUAAUGUUUGAAAAGGUCAACCACUUUAAUAGUUUUUUUCUCUGUUUGUUCAAACACCCAACCAUCGAGGGGAAGAAAUUAUCGGAUAGUCGAGUCUUGAGUGCUUCCCUUUAUUGCAACCUAGACAAGCGAAACAGUCUCUCCAAAUGUCCUUCCAUUGUUAAAGUUUUGUUUUACAACUCUAUCAGUCAGAUACGGUGAACCAUUAAGGUUUUCAAUCAUUUGUACUGUUAACUUUGAACAAGUUGUUUAUUUGUCUGUUACAGGCAAUAGAGGACAGACUUCGUAUAUCAGUGAAGGAACUUCUAAAGUUUGAAUUUCAAGCUGUAGUUGCUCUUGAGUUUGAUCUGCACGUACCUCAGUGGGAAGUAAUGCCACAUGCCAAGCGACUGGAGACAGAAUAACUAUUCACCUUAUUUAACAUUUCACUGAGUCGUCGAGCACAGGUAGCCCAAGCUAAUGCUAUAAGAGAAAGCAGGGGAUUUUACAAGCACAGUGUAAGUCAGGGCAGACUCUUGAUUAAAAUUAAAGGAGGUUAUAUGUCAGCCCGUGAGAACUAAAUUCAUGUAGCCCAAGUAUGUUCUUGCUUAUAAGGGCCUCAUGGGUUCUUAACUGUACCAAAAAAAUCCUUGCUUUCUCAUGGCUUACGCUUUGGCUACCUGUUUUUGUCCAUUCCCUUGACAGGCUCUUAAUGUAUCAAUCAAUUUUAAGAGCACUCUGAUCACCCCGUUUUUGCCCGGGAAUUGGUGCAAGGUCAUCUCCAUAAGAAGAGGUGGGGAUUUGACGUUAAACAGAGCCCUCUAUGAUAAGCAUUUGGGGUAUGGGUGCUUUUGGAAUUGACUGGAACAUAAUGGCCAAUUAGUCUUUCUCCUGACGGAAGUCUAAAAGGCAGCCAGAUAAACUCUUAAAGGAUUUACUAAGCACCCAAUGGUGUACAGCAGCACACUUUUGAAUUAAGUACGAGGUCGCGUAAGCGUACUGUGCAUGUAUGUUACAAUUUUAACUUGAAGAGAUUUACAUUACUGAUUAUGAUUAUAUCAGUGAUUCAGAGUGCCAUGUAUUUGUUAAAAGUAGUACAUUCGUAUUUGGUAUAAUUUAUAAUAACUGUAUAAAGUAUACAUAUAUCUGAAGCUAUUCAAGAGAGAGGUGUAUUUACAAGUUCAAAGACUAGUUUAAGUUUACAUUUAAAAAGGUUGGACCCUGAAAACAGAAGCAGAUGAAAUGGGAUGAAAUCCACAGUGGUUUUUUGCUCAAGGCGGUGAAUUCGGUUUUGAAAAAAUUAACUUCUGGUAAAAUUUUGAACUUCAAAGUUCAGGUUGUUAUUGAAAAGUGCUUUAGUGCGAAAUUUAUUACAAGGGGAUUCAUUACAUCGUAAAAAUUCUGAUAUAGCUUUAGUCAAAGGAAUUCACGUGGAGUGUAAUUUAAGUCUGCUUUUUAAAUUUUUUUGAAGAAGCGUAGAAUCCUUGGAUUCAAGAAUGCAGAUUCCACUUUUCAUCAAACUAUGCAUUCCUUAGUCCUACUUGGUCUCCUGAAAUUUUCCAAUUGUGAAAAAUGCUGAAUUGUCAGACUUUUCAUCGUUGUUUUAAUCUAACGAAGCUCCUCUUUUUCCUUCACUAUUUUGAAAUUUAUCCCUUGUCUUUAUUAUAGAUUUCACACACCUUUAUUCCUCACUUUUCUAUCCGUUUUUCCUGGGGAAAAUGGGCUUAAAAUUGUUU